ACGCCUGUUUAAGAUAUUGUCAAUCUCUGUGUCUCUCUACUUUCGCACUCUAGUUAAUGUGAACAUAUCAACUUGUCCUCUCCUUAACGAAAUUUAGAAUAAUUCAGAGAUGAUUGUCGGAGGAAUAUAAUUUAAUUUUCUUUUAACUUUUUGGGUAUUGUCCUAUCAUGUUUUGCAUGUUGAGUUUGAUCAUGGUGUGGGAAUACCCAACGACUGUUGUCUCAACGAAUGUCAUUAGCAUAGGGAUAGUGGGAUUUUGUCAUUAUUGUUCAAGGUCCUGUGUUUUGGUUUGGGAAAGAGAGGAGUUCGGUGAAGAACGUGAUAUAACUAUUUUCGUUCCCGUUCUUUUCACGUUUGGUGGGGAAAGUCGUGCUGAUGUAAUGAUGGAUGUGUCGGAGGCAGUAAUAGUAAAAUCUAGCAGAUUGAAAUCGGUUGUGUGGAACGAUUUUGAUAGAAUAAAAAAGGGUGACACCUUUGUUGCUGUAUGUAGGCAUUGUAAGAAGAAACUCAGUGGAUCAAGUACCAGUGGAACUUCUCAUUUGAGGAAUCACUUAGUUAGGUGUCAGAGAAGAUCUAAUCAUGGUAUAUCUCAAUUUAUUACAUCCAGGGAAAAGAAAAAGGAAGCAACACUGGCUAUUACUAAUUAUGUUGAUCAGGGUCAGAAAAAGGAAGAUGUUCUGAAUCUUGUUAAUAUUAGAUUUGAUCCGGAGCAAGUGAAAGAUGAAACAAAUAAUACUAUGAGUUACAAUUUUGAUCAGCGGCGAAGUCAAUUUGAUCUUGCACGUAUGAUCAUCUUGCAUGGUUAUCCAUUGGGCAUGGUAGAGCAUGUUGGGUUCAGAGUAUUUGUUAAAAAUUUGCAGCCUUUGUUCGAACUUGUAACAUGCAAUAGAGUUGAGGCUGAUUGUUUGGAGAUAUAUGUCAAAGAAAAACAAAAGGUGAGUGAGUUAUUGGAUAAAUUGCCUGGAAAAAUCAGCCUCAGUGCCGAUUAUAUGUGGAUAGUCUCAGAUAAUUCGGAAUCUAAAUACCUGUGUCUGACAGCCCACUACAUUGAUGAGUCCUGGCAGUUAAAUAAGAAGGUUUUGAACUUUAUGUUUGUUGAUCCUUCUCACACUGAAGAUUUGCAACCAGAAACUAUCAUGACAUGUCUAAUGGAUUGGGAUAUUGAUCGGAAGUUAUUUUCAAUGACAUUUGAUUGUUCCUCUACCAGUGACUAUGUAUCGUUGCGAAUCAGAGACAGACUAUCACAGAACAGGUUCCUAUAUUGUAAUGGUCAAUUAUUUGAUGUCAGCUGUGCGGUAGAUCUUCUCAAUUUGAUGGCUCAAGAUGCUUUGGAAUCAUUAUGCAGCAUUCUCCCUAAAAUUCGUGACAGUAUUCAAUACAUUAAACAGUCUCAAGAAGUGCAAGCUAAGUUCAAUGAGAUUGCCGAACAAGUUAAAGUUAAGAGCCAAAAAGGUCUUUCUGUGGACAACCCAUCUCAAUGGAACUCAACUUAUGCGAUGCUUGGAGCAGCUGUAGAUUAUCGAGAAGCAUUUUCCAUUUUGCAGGAAAGUGACCCUGGCUACACAGCAUGCCCAUCUGAAGAAGAAUGGGGUAGUACUUGUGCAAUUACUGGCUUUUUGAAGUUCUUUUUCGAAGUGACUAAUGUUUUAACGAAGAGCAACUUUCCAACCGCAAAUAUAUUCUUCCCUGAGCUCUGUGACGUGCACUUGCAGUUGACGGAAUGGUCCAAGAAUUCAGACGAUUUUAUCAAGGCUUUGGCAUCUAAGAUGCGGAGCAAGUUUGAAGAAUAUUGGGAUAAAUGUGGAUUGACUCUUGCGGUUUCUGCCAUGUUAGAUCCUCGGUUCAAAAUGAAACUAGUAGAAUACUAUUAUCCACAAAUAUAUUGUGUUGUGGCUCAACAGAGGAUUGAUGAUGUUAUCAACUGCGUGAAGGCGCUUUACAACGAACAUUCAAUCUGUUCGCCAUUAGCUUCCAUCGAUCAAGGUCUUGCCUGGCAAGUUGGCAGUAGUUCUGGCUGUUUGCCUGGUUCCGGAAAGGAUGCGAGGGAUAGAUUAAUGGGUUUUGACAAAUUUCUCCAUGAAUCCUCCCAGAGUGAAGGCACAAAGUCAGAUUUGGACAAGUACCUUGAGGAGCCUCUGUUUCCUCGGAAUGUGGACUUCAAUGUGUUGAACUGGUGGAAAGUUCACACUCCCAGAUACCCAAUUUUGUCCAUGAUGGCUCGUAAUGUGUUGGGAAUUCCCAUGUCAAAAGUUGCAGCAGAUUCUGCAUUCAGGACCGGAAGAAGAAGAAUGCUUGGUCGAGACUGGAGCAAAUUGAAACCAGCCACAAUUCAAGCAUUGGUAUGUUCACAGGACUGGAUACGGAGUGAACUAGAGAGCUAAUUUCGUCGCAUAACGAGUCUGUCAAUAUUUAUUCAUUUUUGUCAACCUUCCCUUUCCAUUUCCUUUAUUUGUACUUCAGUUAUGGCCAUGUCCUCGUAUGUGGUUUGUUCAACUGGCGGAAUCUUUUGCAGUCUUGCAUUAUUAUUAGCAAGCCCCACUCGGUCUUAAUCAUGGAAUUGUUUCUCCAAUUGAAACCUAAUAAGGUGCUGUUUGGUACAUAGUUGACUUCUUUUGUAGCUGGGGUUGUCACGAUUUGCUGAAACGAAAUAACAGAUGGGACCGACUUAAAGGUGUA